AAAACUGCGUCGAGAUUCGCCCAUUCGGGGUGUUUGUGAAUUAAUUUGACAUUCAUUCACAUCGCGCACUUGCCAGAGGCACUCCACCAGCGCAAGAUCAGCGUUCCUGGCCAGAGGCAUGGGGUCAGUGGUGUGAGGUCACACAGCUGGCGAUUGUACGCGAGAGUGCAAGCGAGUGUCGUGAUGAACGCGAACCAGGAAGUGCCAAACCGAAACGAUCCGGGGAGGUUCUUCGGCGAUGGCGUGACGUUCAAGGCGAAACUCAUCGGGAUCCUGGAGGUUGGAGAGGCGCGCGGCGACCGGAUGUGUCAGGAGGCGCUCCAGGACCUCAAGAUGGCCAUUCGGGCGGCGGGAGAGCACAAGCAGCGCAUCACCAUUCACGUGACCAUCGACGGGCUCCGGCUGCGCGACGAGAAGACGGGAGACUCCCUGUACCACCACCCGGUACACAAGAUCUCCUUCAUCGCCCAGGACAUGACGGACUCGCGCGCGUUCGGCUACAUCUUCGGCUCGCCGGACAGUGGCCACCGCUUCUUCGGCAUCAAGACGGACAAGGCGGCCAGCCAGGUGGUGCUGGCCAUGCGCGACCUCUUCCAGGUGGUGUUCGAGCUGAAGAAGAAGGAGAUCGAGCUGGCGCGCCAGAACAUCCAGAGCAAGACCAUCCACGAGCACCAUCCCAUCACGCUCAGUCGCACCAUCGAGAGCAGCUACACGAAGAGCCACGAGAUGGUCAGCGCGUCCAGCAAGAGCAUCGCCAGGCCAGAGCUUUCUCCGGAAUCAGUGGCAGAUUUGGUGGACUUGGAGCAAGAGCUGAGCUCUAUUCAGCGCGGCAUCACGCAAAUGGAGAGAAUAACGCCCAACGAGUUGCCGUCGAAGUCCUCACUGGACAGUGAAGAUCCCUUUGGAGACUCCUUCACCAAGUUUCCGCACGCGUCUUACAAUUUGCUGCCGCCGCCGGAAUCGUCUCGAUCGCGGCACUCGAAGCCGCUGAAGCCGCCGUGUGAGGAGAGGGCAGAGGAGAAGACUCCGCCGGCUGUACAGUCGGCGUCGGCGAGCGGAUCGGCGCGCGAGGAUUGGAUGAACGUGGGCGAGUCGGACGGUGUGUUCGAAGAGGCGGCGCGAGGUGAGGAGAAGUCUCUGGAGGAUUCGCUGAUCGCAUCCACCAGCACCGGCAGCAAUCUGGGCGGUGCUGACGGCGCGACGGUGACGAAGUAUGUGGAUGCAUUUACGGAUCUCGAUCCGCUGGGCACGGGAAGAACGAGGCCGUAUGUGGACAAGAAGUUCUUCUUCCAAGAUCUGAAGAAUCCGCCCAAGAAGGUGCUGCGCGAGCUGUCCGGCCCGGACGCGGGCUUCACGGCGACAUUCUCGGGCAUGAGCGGCAGUGGUGGUGCUGAUGAGGAGGGCAGGGCGCACGACAGUGGGAUAAGUGACAUUGACUUGGCCAUGUUUGAGUCCGUGCAGGUGCCGGAGAAGGUGAGAGAUGAGGUGAACAGGAGUGUGGAUAGUGCAAAGACUGAUGACUCUCUGACCAAGGAGAUUUCUGAUCCGUUUACCAAAGGACACAUUGAUCCGUUUGUCGAUGAUGAGGACUUCGCCAGGGCGUCCAUUGAUCCGUUUGACUUCUCGUUCGAGAAGGGGCAGAGCUUUGUGUCGUCCAAGAACCAAACAGCAGUAUUGAGUGAUACCAAAAGCAGCGCGGAGGAGGGAAAGGGGGAGGAAAAUGUCUUCAAUGGGCCGCUGCAGGUGAACUUGCCGCCAGAGAGUUGGCCGUCGUACAUGAGUCAGAGGCGAUUGGAUCGCCAGAACUCCGUUUCGCCCACGGGCUUGUCUGCCUCGGCUAUCAUUCGCAAUCGCCCGAGUGUGUUCAAGCAGAACACAGUGGAUGUGAUCAGUAGCAUAAGCUCGAAGAAGAUCGUGAAGCCGCAUCUCUUCGGGCAGAAGUUCUCCAAGAGAGACUCCAACAGUAUAAAUAUGCGGCGAUUACAGGAGUCGGACUCGAUGAGUGAGAAUGAGACGGCGCCAGAACCUCCGCCGCGGCCGGACUCAUCAACACACGUCGAACCGCCACCGUUGCCGCCGAAGAAGCAAUUCGGGGACAUCGUCAUUCGGCCCAGCAGUCGAUCGGCGAGUUCUGGCUAUGGCUAUCGCGAUCGCUACGAUUACGCUGGGGGAAAGAUGAAGAACUCGGUGGACGCUCCGCCAUUGCCACUGCCGUCGCGCCGCAUUGGCCGCUCGGACGGCAGCUAUCCGGGUCCGGGGAGGCCUGAGAAGAAGCCCACUGACGACGAGGAAUAUCUCACACCGCUGUCGAAGGGCGAGAUGCCGAUUCUACUGCCACCGCCAGCCAAGGCGGGCACAAAGUCUCGCGGACGGAAGGUCGAUGUGAGUGAGAUUAGGGGCCAUCCGAAGCCAGCAAAGUCCGCAGAAGCGCCUCCAGUGCUGCCGGAUAUCACGCUGAGUCAACUGCUGACGCUCGGCAUUGACGAGCUGGCACUGAAGCUCAACGUUCCAGUGUCGAAACUGAGCACAAUGACGCUGGUGGAGUUGACCACGUACUUGUCGGACUUCCUGGAGAAUGCCAAGAAGACACCUCCGAUGGGGGCGCCUGAGGAACCGGCACCGCCGCCGCCAGCAGCUCCGACUGCGGCGAUCUUCAAGGUGAACUUCGACCAGAAGAGCGAUGAUCAGCUCUUUGUGGCCAAGUUUGACGACGAUGACAACUUCGGCGGACAGACGUUCGUGGCGAACUUCGAUGAGAUGGACAUCAAGCCUCCGGAGCCGAUUCUGCAGACUUCCGCCAUCGACAGAUACGCGGCGUUCAGAGAGAUUAUGGGCAGUGAAUUCAAGGAUGACGAUACUCCGGCGGACAGGGAGGAGGAGGACAAGUUCGAGGACACUCUGGAGAGGAUCAGUCCCAUUGUGGCGGCGGGAAGCUCUCCGGAGACGGAUCAGGACGGUGUGUUCCAGGCAGCGAGGAUUGACACGAAAAUCACGGAGGCCAUUGCUCAAGCUAAAGAUCGCUACGCGGCGCUGAGGGACAUCAUUCUGGUGGAGGAUUUGUUCGACAGAGCGCCCACGUCGGCGACUGUGGUGACUUCGCAGGUGUGCGAGGAGGAGAUGAAGGACGAGGAGGAGAGCGAUGGCGAGAAGGCGAAGGAAAUGUCUCUGUUGGAUGCAAACACGCCGGCCAUGAGCACGAGCAGUCUCACGGCGGCAGGAAUGAAGGAUGACAUUGAGAUUGAUGAGCUGAUGAAUAGGGCCAUUUCGAAUCUAUCGCUGGACAGCAGAGAUCAUCUGUCGCCGUCGAAAUCUCCCGUGGCCACAGCACAGAAUGCUUCCACGUCGCCGAUUCGACUGCAAAACACGCCAGUCAUGUUGCAGUCCAAAUCUCCCACUCUCACCACGCCGCAGUUAGGCGAAAGUGGCCAGGAGCCAGUGAUUCACGGCAAAACCACAGUGACUGACAUGUCCACGUCGCCGAUUCCCAUCCAGAAGUCUCCAAUAUCGCGAUCGCCAUUGCAACGCUCGCCAUUAGCCAAGUCACCAAUUGAUAAUCUAGUCAAUCAGCAAGGAACUUCCUCCAAAUCUCCCACCAUUCCCCAAUCGCACGGGGUGGCCAAUAUCCUGGAGACUCACAGGCAGGAAAACUCCGGAUCUCUGAGCGAUGUGGUGUGUGUGUCUUCGCCGGACAUUGACAAGAACGAAGAUGCCCAGAAAGGGAAACCAACUCCGGUCAAUAGCGAUUCCUGGGCAGUGUUUGAUGCGCCAUCAGAGGAGAAGGAAGCUCCUGUUCGCAGUCCUCGAGAUCCGUCGAAGAAUGGCGAGAGUCCCUGUUCGUCGGACAAGGACGACUGGAAGGGUGAGGGCGAGUUUGGUCGUCGCUGGCCGCCGAGAGGACACACAUCGUCGUCCUCACGCGACGUGAGUCCUUGGGAUGAGGACACGCCGGCUGAAUAUCGACGACGUCCGCCGCUGAGCACGGAUCGCCACGGACACUACAUGCGGCACGGACGGCGGAUGAACUCGUGCGAUGAGGACUAUGAGUACGAGAUGGAGUUCAGCAAGAAGCGCGACAGACGCUCCAAGGUGCCCGUGACGCGCAGCCGGGAGACGUUCGAGGGUGGCGACACGGGCGCUUGGUAUCACAGUGGCGAUGCGCACAAUUGGUCGCCGGCUGAGGAGGACGAUCGUGCGCGAUCCUUCGACAGGAGCUCCUACGAGAGGAGCACUUAUGGGCCGCCGUAUGAGAAGCGCGAGCACAAGGGCGGCUACUCUGGGCGCUAUGACAAGAGGAAGUACUUCGGGUCCUACGCGCGAACGGGAGACUAUGACUUCGAGGGGUAUGACGAUGCGGAAGCGUACGAGAUGGCCAGAGGACGCGAGGCGGCGGGCAAGGCGUCACGCAAGGAGUACGUGGACGUGUUUGAGGCGGUGUCAACUGGUGGAGCCUUCGAGCGCAGCAGCAGCCGCGAUCGCAUCAAGCCGCGUGAGUACUAUUACGAUCGCAAGAGCUUCGACCGCGAGAGUGGCGAGUCUUACGACAGUGGCUGUGGAGGAAGAUUCGGGAAUCGCGACGCAACGUACGGGAGUUUGGAAGUGAUGAGAGAUGACUACAUCGAUCGCUCAAGGUAUUUGUCUGCCGAGAAGAGCAGAUCCUUGCGCAAGGGAAUCCGCCGGAGUACCGAAGACGACGGCUAUGAGCAGGAUUCGGAUGGUGAGAUGGGAACAAGGCGUCCUGGUGACACGCGGAGUCUGCAGCGUCCGCCGCAGGGCAGCGGACGGCCGCGCAAGAGCAGCGGCUCGUCGCCGUGGGACGGAGAGGAGGUCACGCCGACGGGGCAGACGAAGACGGCUUCUCUGGCGGCGUGGAAGCGUCCGGCGAGUGCCAGUGAGUCGGAGAGGCGCUUGGCGGAGAGCCGCCGAAUGCUGAGUCACGGCACGACUCUGUCUGGGUCGGACGGUGAGAAAGAUCGGCGCUUCAGGAAGAAGACGCGCGUGAGGGUCAAAGACAGCGAUCCGCGGGUCAACUAUGCCAGCUUGCGAUACAGUCAGGCGCGCAGUUGCCGCAGCGAUGACUAUUAUGACUUCGAUGACGUGCAAUUGCCACCGGGAAGAGUGCCGCCGGACGCUGAUUACUACAAUUUGACGAAGCAGCAGUUCUUCAAGAGCACGACGCCGCGCUCCGAGACUCGGUCAAUGGGUGAGACGCUGCGUGGGCAGGAGGAGAGGCGCUUCAAGAAGCACCUGUCGCGCGAUCCGUACUUCGAGGUGGAGCAUCCGCAGAAGUUCGCCACGUUCGACGAGGGCGCACUGAAGGCGGCCAAGGGACACUUUAGGCGGGAGUUCGACUUUGAGGAGUACGAAGACACACCGCGAAGCACCACCAGCAGCAAGUUCAACUUCGACGAGGAGCAGGGCUUCGAGAGCGACUUCAAUUCCCCGUCGAAUGGCAAGUCCUAUCGCUUCUCGAAUGACUUCUCUGACUCCAAAGAGUCCCCGCGACCGCACACGGCCGGGAAUUACUCGUUCGAGUCCGGCGGCUUCUCCACGCCGUCGACGAAGCUGCGCUUCGACGAGAAUGUGCAGCACAUGUUCGAGGAUGACUUCAGCAAGGCUGAGCUGAAUGUCGAGAGUGAGGAUCAGUGGAGUGCCGAAUUGCCGAAGAAGUCGCUGAAGAACACGGCGAGUCGCAACAACUUUGACCACCUGAAGAAGUCGGAGUCGGUGAAUAUCUUCGCGAAGAAGACGGAGGAUCCGUUCGAGGAUGAUGAUUUCUUCAAGAGCUCAGAACCUGACAAGGGAGAGCCGCGCAAGAAGCCGGACAGCUACAAGUGGGAGAAGAACUUUGCAAACUUCGAUGACAACAUCUGAUCCACCACGAGAAUGUGGGUGGGGCGAGAGACGCGCGAUGGCAAGAAGAUGCGCACCAGCUUGAAGCUCAUGCAGAAGAUCUUAACAAUUAAAUAUACGCUCGACAGUAUUUUGCGUCACAAAGUCAAAUACAGAAUUUUGUAAGGGUUGAAACAAGUAACAAUUUUAAAAAAAUAUUUCAUACAAACUUUGCCAUUUGAGGUGAAAAAAAAUUCCAGCAAUAUUUCAAUGCAGAUUACGAUGAAAGUCAUUUCUUAUUUUUUACACUCUAACACGGCCAGAUAUUAGCGAUUUAUUUUGCCAAGAUCCAAUACUCGUGAUUUGAAAUACUAUAUAAUUGCAUUUUAGUCGUGAAGGAAAUUUUUUUUUCUAACAAAAGUCCUCAAUUCAGUGAUCGAUGGGAAGAAGGGAAGAAUUUAUUUCUGUUGUUUUGCCAUAAUUGCAAUAUUUAUUGUAGGUAUUAUUGAAUGAUUUGCAUCAACUUGAAUUUCUUACAUUCACUCUAGAGUCAUAUUUCAAUGAUUUAUGUAUGAUAUUCUUAUUUCAGUCCAUUGUAAAUAACAUUAUGGUGUAAAUUGUGAACAAGUAUACACAAAGUUUUAAGUAUAAUUAACAUUGCAGAAAUACUCUUUUUUCGUUGUUAUGCAAGAAUUCGAUGAGAAUGAUAACCAAAUAACUAUUACAAUGUUCACAAUCUAUCGUGUUUGAUAUUGUGUUAUAUAUCCCAAAUUUUUGACAUGAGAAAGUGAAAUUAAAUAAUUGAUAAACUACUAAAUUAUUGAUAAACAAGUAAUGAAGAGAGAGAAAAAAAAUAUGUCAACAUGAUACCAAAAAAGAACUUAGAUAUUUCAAUUAAUAAAAAUUCAAUUACAUGUAAAUUGCAUUGGCUUUCGAUAAUAGAAUAUUUUUGUUAGUUGUAUUUCACAAUGAUCAAAAAGAAAUUUCAGUGAAUAAACAAUUAUUGUAGAAAAAAAUGUGUCUUACUCGUGAGGAGAUAAUUCAUGCUGGCAGAAGUGUGAUAAGCUGCGAUGGAGAAAGAGUGUGUGGCUUGAGGAGGCGCGCUCAUUGACGAAUGAUGCG